CACUCUUUCACAGUCGCAGUCUCUCGUUUCUUAUCCGCCAUCUGUCCGUCCUUUCAUUGGCGUGUCCCUAGACAGGGAGGUUACGCUGGCGCUUUGGCAUCAAUCUGCGGGAGGCUUCUAUGUCAGCCAGCGCCGGGGACCUUUCGAACGCUCCCCACGGCUCCACGAGACACAGUUCAAGGCCUUCGAUUGACACAAAUGCAUCUGGCAUAGCUGAAAGCACUAUCUCCUUCUCCCAGUUCCCCGCUGUCCCGACAGAAAUACCUACCACCCCGAUCCGUGCUGGCUUCUCCAACUCCCCUGUUCGGUCCAACUUUUCCCCAGUCCAGCCUCUUGUCCCUCGCAGGGGUCCACUAUCGGCGUCAACCUACCGUAACGGACCAGCUACUGCCUCCUCGUCCCGUUCCAUCCAGCCCAGGGGACCGUCUGCCUCCUCUUCAACCGUUCGAGGCAAUCCGAACCCGACCCACCCGCUUUCUCCGCACGACUGGCACGAUGGAUCAUCCAGUAUAGACGGAAUCGACACACAAGAGGCCCGGUUGCUGCCAACCUCCUUCAUCACUUCACUGUUACAGGAGAAUAAGGAGCUGCGUCGACAGCAACGCAGUUCAUUUGCGAGUGACGCCUUUAGUGGGAUUUCCGAACUCACGUACCCCCCUCCCCCUCCCUAUCCACAACCUUCUUCAGGACGGCCGGCGAUACUUCAGAAUCGAACAGGCAAUCCUAACCGCACCCAUGGAACCAGUAGGGCACCUCCCAGUGCAUUUAGCCCGAUCCGGGAAGCGCCCAACCGAGAAUCGACCUCAGACUCCGAAACUCUGCACUCAACGCAAGGCCACCCGUCAAUCGCUGGCUACACUCCCAACAAUCCUCCUGUCGUCGUUGGGGUAGCACAGGCAACCCUCCGAAGUAUCCCGGCCUCCAGCCGUCCUCCAUCGUCCCAGACGGUUCCUCUGUCUGUUGAUGAAAAGGAGGCGAAAUAUGGUCUCUCGAGUCAAGACAUGGACGACGACUCCAUUCUUCGAUUCAAGGCACAGAACGCAUACUAUCCCCCUCCAGAUCCCACACCGCCAUCAAAUGCCACACAUAGGCGCCCGAACUUUAACCCACAACCUUCGACCCAGGCUCGGCAAUCUACUUAUUCUUUGGCUCCUUCGUUUGUUUCCAAGAUAUCUAUGGCCUCUGUGGGGCGUAUGUUCCAUUGGCGCAAGAAAUCUCUGCCACCAGUACCCCGGAUCCCUGAUAUACCCCUCGCAGUCGAAAACCAGACAAGGAGAGCAGACCAAUCCACGCCACUUCCAGAUCUGGCCAAUCGGGCGGACACCCUUCACGCCCUUUUGGAAAAGGGCUACCAUCCUCAUCACAGUCUAUCCUCAUACCAACAAUACCAACUACAGCAAGAUUUCCCCGUAUCAGUCGAGGGAGGCGAGCAUAGCUACCACCAAGAUACUGUCAAUACAAUGGGUACCACGAACUCGACACAGCCAUUGAGGCCACAGUACUACAGCGACUUCGCCGACCGUACCUCAGAUAAACCCACGCUCACCUUCAGUAAUCAAGGAUCACCAGCCCGGGCAUCCCGUCUGCCCCUCCUCAGUAAGCGGAUGAAGAUGGGCAUUGCAAUUUUCAUCAUAGCGGCCGUUGCCAGUAUUAUCGCAGCGAUCGUAGUCGUCGUGAAGCGAAACCAGUCGGCAUUGCCCAACUGUCCGAAUGGUCUAACGGGAGCUACUUGCACUCUAAACUCCACAUGUGUUUGUACCGCAGACGAUUCUCGAUGUAACCCUCUUGCGCGGAACCUCAUCGACCUGAUCCCAUCAGUCAACGAAGCUUUCUCCAGCAACCUCACUGCGCAUGACAUUUACACCAGCCUUUGGUACUCCCAAGGCAGGACCCGUUCAAAUGAUUGCUCUCCACAGGCACUAUUGGUAGAUUCCGGCAAGCGGCUGAAGGAGGAGCUAUACCCCACGCGAACACAGUGGGUGCGGGCAGCCUUGCUAUGGAACGUUGUCCAAGCGCAAGACCUCCAGUCCUCAGAAGACAUGCUGAAGUUCGUCCAAAGCGCCCCUUGGGAUUCUCUCCCCGGCGAUGCUCCCACAAACGUCAAAGAAGAGUCCUUCACCGCUUCAUUCUCGGGAUUUAUCUACAACUUCGCUGCUCAGACAGUCACACCAAUCUCAGCGACCUUCGCUUCUCAAGGGCAGCCCACCCGAGAACAGAUCGCCCGAGUCGGAUCGACAGCACAAUCUACCCUUGACAGAAUGUACACUUUUGCCCAGGCCUCUUCGGUCCAACGUGAACUCGCUCUGAGAAAUUACUGGACAACCACGCUUUCUCAAAAGAGCGAAGACUUGACUGUGUUUAAGGCGCUCUUAAGCGCCUCGCCCAUCCUACUCCCAUUUGAUGCCACUUCUUCAUCGAUCCGGGGGUUGUUCUCAAACGACUCAUCAUCGCUAUUUCCACCGCCAUUGGCCUGUUAUCCAGGCCUAUCAUCACAGCAGCGCGAUCGACUCAACUCAUUGGAAACUUCUGUUUUCCAAUUGCCAGCAUCCGAAACGCCGUCCAACUUUGGUACUGGGUGCUAUCCGGAUCGUCCUAUUUAUGGCGUUCUAGAUGUAUUGCGCCUGCGCUUGCCCUUCCUAGAUUCUCGAAGUGACCUCCCACGGCAAGGCGCUAUUCUCCACAGGGAUGCCGUUCCCCGAGUCGUCAUUCAUUCAGGUGAAGUGCUUAGCGCCACCUUCCCCAAUUCGCAGGCCCCGAGUUUCGAUGCCUCGCAACUGGACCCACGAAAUUUCGGAACACUCAACUUCUCUAACCAUGUCAUACUGCGAUAUCUUACCUCCAUGCCGGUGGACACCGCCAUCCUACUCGUCCAGUACCUCCUGGGGAUCAGCAAUCGUCCUCAGGCACCCCCUGCUCCUUCAUCACCGCUAUUCAACGUCCUAGCGACCGUUCCCGUGAUUGAGGUCUCGAUAUUCGGGGCGGUUGGCCCCCCGGACGUGGCUGGAACUGUGUCGGCACUUGCCACCACCUCCGACUCGAUGUUCUACGGGUCAGACCCUGCUGCCGCCUUGCGGAGAUGGACAAUUUCUGGUUAUGGUGGUACAGUCCAUUGGGCUGAGAGGGCGGAUGCUCCACGGAUAGUCAAGGACGAUUCAUUCAAUGACCAGGUUAUGAAUGAAGCUUGGGAGGCCACUGCCGAGUCCAUAAGGCGAGAUUUGUUCCCCUUGGAUGCCCUUGUGUCCAGUUUCGAAUCGACAGGGAAAUUUGUAUCUGCUUGA